UCUCAGGCUUCUCUCUGUCAUUACAAAGCGCAAUGAAUAAAAUUUUCUGACCCACGAGAAAAUACUGUAGAUGUCGUUCAAAGCGGCUGAAAAAUGGCGGGAAGAAAUAGCGGGAAAAUUAGUUGCAUGUUGUGUAAGAAACACUGAAUAACCUCGAGUGAGCAGCUCGCAGUAAAAUGAUUUGUUUCUUAUAUGUUUUUUUGUUUUAUUGCAAGUAGCCAUUGUUUGUUUUACUUAAGUUUAGUACAUGUUUGUUAGUACAUGUUUAACGUAACAUAUAAAGUUGUCUUAAAACCGUAAAAUGGAUUACAAACCACGUCGACGUUACACGAAUGUCGUGGACACAGACAGUUGUAAAAAUGAGUAUCCUCAAGACAUUCAAAUGUACGAUGUGCCACCAAUAGGUGAAAUGUCAUUGGAGGAAUUUCAGGAAUUAGGAUUUGACAGAUUGAAAGCACUGAGAUUGGUUGAGACAACAAAUUGUAGAGGUGAUCUGAAAACACUGGAGGAUCGCAAGACAGCUUUGUAUGAAUCUUUGAAAUCAGAUGGGCUAAAAUACUUAGCAAAUCUCUUGUAUGCUGACGGAUCCAAUCUACAAUUAGAAGAACAUACACGAGCUAGAAAAAAAGAUCAUGUGUCACAUUUUAUUUUGAGACUUGUAUAUUGCCACAAUAUUGAGCAAACUAAGUGGUUCAUUAAUCAGGAGAUUGAAUUCUUCAAAUUAAGGUUUAGUUCCUUGGACAAAAAAGGCAUUAAACACUUGUUGAAUACUUGCAAAAUGGAUUGCGUACCUAUUUCUCAAGAUGAAAAACUUGAAAUAAAAGAAGAGCUUAGUUUAUCAUGUGGAAAAGUUACAAAUGUUGAUGUCACUGACAUUUACAAAGUGUCUUUUGAUAAGGUGAUUGAUCUAGUCAGGGGACGUAAAGCAUAUCUCAAAGCAGGAAUGGCAUACAUCACUCAUAUGGAUCUGAGUUCUGUAUUUGUUUCUUACUUGAGAGAGAAUCUAAUUACAGGUUUAGAAAAUGCAAAAGUUUGUUACAACAAUAUAUCUGAUGAUGAAAGAUUGACCAGGUAUUUAAAAGGCCUUCCUUCAGCCUUUACUGGAAUGGCACGUGUUGUGUGGUCAACUACAACUACACCUAUUGAUAAACUGAAUGAUUUGUCAAAAACAUCGUAUCCUUUAUGUAUGAGAACGCUUCAUGAUGCCCUUUACGCUAACAAUCAUCUAAAAAAUUCAGGGCGUAUGCAAUAUGGUCUAUUUCUGAAAGGUAUUGGCGUAACGUUGGAAGAUGCUUUGCGGUUUUGGAGAGAUGCCUUUUCGAAAAAAACAGACGGAGUUGCAUUUGAAAAAAGAUACGCAUAUUCUAUUAGGCAUUAUUAUGGUAAAGAGGGGAGACAAACUAAUUAUACACCAUACGGUUGUCAAAAGAUUAUAUCUAGCUCUGUCGGACCUGGAGAAUAUCACGGAUGUCCUUUUCGACAUAUGGACCGUGAUUCGUUGUGUCAAAAGCUUACCAGUUACGGCGUAUUUGCUUCUAAUGUGAAUGAAAUAUUGGAUUUAGCCAAAGAUGGACAGUAUCAUCUAGCGUGCGCUAAAUAUUUCGAAGUGUUGCAUAAUAAACCAGCAAGCAAACCCAUCUUACAUCCAAACUUGUAUUUUGCUGAGAGUCGUGCAAUUUUAACUGGAGAUGAUAGUGGCAAAGAUGUCGACGCUAAGGAUAAAUUCUCUCAAACCACAACUGGCACACCCCGAAGUUUAUCUUCGCGAAAAUAUGACAGACAGUCAUCUACGCCUUCCGGAAAUUUGGCUUCGGGCACACCGAGUAGAAAUGAGAACUACAAUAUAUCUUCGAAAAACACAGAUAUACCUGGCACACCUCUAAACAGAGAUCAAAAAACAACGUAUCAAACACCUUCGAAGAAAGCUAAAAUAAAUCCAGUAAAAAUUGCAGAAAUGUUGGAUGAUGAUUUUACGGAUUUUAUGGAUGUAGAUACAAAAGAUUAACAUUGUAAUAUAUUGCAUCAGUUUUUGAAAAUUUAUGUUCUGUAGAUGUAAACUUUUUACAGCUUUACUUAAUGUAAUAAAUAAACGAAU